AUGCAGCUUUUUUUGCAAUUAACUGCUCUGUUUCUUGCACUCAUUUCUCAUCAACAUGAAGCCUUGGCACAAACUAAACUAACUUACACUUCUUUUCUUUUUCCUGUAACUAAACAUACCGAUACUCCUAAACCUCUCUAUAGCAUUGAACUCAUGACAACGUUCGUGAACAUGCAAUUCUCGCAUGCAAAUUUCCUUAUAGACAUAGAAGCUCCUUUGACUUGGCACGAUUGCAUCCUGGAAUGGAACAGGAUUCCAGAAUCCAGUUGUCCAACUAACAAGCUUUGCACCUCUCCAAUUUCUAGUGAAGAACACGAAUGCUCAGAAAUUCGAAGUUCCUACUCUUAUCAAAAUCCUUCCUGCCCGCCAUUGACCAAUAGUUCUACUUUACCAGGUUGGGGAUUUCAUACAUGCCCAGUCAAUGUUAUGAACCCGGUUGAUGGAAAUUGCACUCAACCUGAGCUCAAUGGUGACUCUUUCGCAGCAAAUGCAAGUGAUGGUAGAAAUCCGUUUCUUGUUUACCAUGAUAUUAAUAUUUACGCUGCGUGUGCACCUUCUUCUACGUUUGAAUCAUUUCCUGCACAAGUGUCUGGCGUCAUGGCGUUUUCUUCUUCCCCUUAUGCACUACCAGCUUAUUACCACCAAUCAUCACUUAAAACAAGCUUAGCUCUAUGUUUACCAAGCACACCGUCUGAUCAUGGGGUUUUAUUCUUUGGAUCGGGUCCUUAUUACCUUCUUCCUCACUCGGAUGUAGACUUAAGGAGUUUACUUUCCUAUACUCCAUUACUAAAGCAUUCAGAUUCUUUUAGUUACUAUAUCGGUGUGAAUGCCAUUUCUAUCAAACGUCGGUCUAUUGAUAUCCCAGGGAGCACAACUACAAAACUUAGUACAACCGAGCCUUACACCACACUUAGAAGCGACAUUUAUAAUCCAGUGAUUCGAAGGUUUUCAGUGGUUACAAAACGUAUGCCUCGUGCAGAGCCAGUUGCACCGUUUAGCCUUUGUCUAAGGACCAUCACCAAUGGAACCCGAAAUGAUUUCAAUGUCCCUGACAUUGAUUUUAAUUUCCCUAAUGGGAAGAAUUGGACUAUAUCAACAGCCAACUCCAUGAAACAAGUUACAGAAGACGUGGCAUGUUUCGCGUUUGUUGAUGGUGGGUUGGCAAGUGAUCAUGCAAUCGUGAUCGGGGCAUUUCAGAUGGAGAAUAACUUCCUAGUGUUUGAUUUAGAAAAUUCAACUUUGGGUUUCAGUUCUUCUUUACUAACAAAGGAUACUUCCUGUGCAAACUUUAACUUUACCACCGGUAGUUUUCUUAAUUAA